AUGCUGCGAUGUACCUCGCUGCUGGGUAAGGAGGGAAAGCCGUUUUCGGUGACGUUUGAUCAUCGCGUGUCCAACGACCAGGAGAAAAAACGAAUCCUCGCCAGUGGCGGGAAGAUCAAGGACAGUCGGCUGUUCGGGCAGCUGGCGCUGUCGCGGUCGUUCGGGGACUGUCCGUACAGCUCGUUCUUGUCGGUAGAGCCGCAUAUCUACACGCUCCAGAUCGAUGAGGUGGGGAUCCGACGAAGAUGA